GCUGUGGCGGUUGCGUUCCUCUGCCUGUCCCACCUUGAAUCAGGUGCCACCCACCAGCGCCGAGGAUCAUCUCAUCCGGGCAACGCCGCGCGGCCGUCUCCGCCAGCGGGUGAUCCUGGCCAGGUGCCGAGGCGCCGCUGACCUGGCCAGGUCAUGAGCGGGAUCGGCGUGACCCGACCGUCUCCGGGCGGCGCGGCACUCUUGCUGCUGACGCUGCUCGCCGCCGCCGCCCCCGGGGCCGCCAUCAAAGGUCCACCCGUGCUCAGCCAGCGCGUCUCGCCGCACCUGGUCGUCCAGCUGGGCAAUGACGUGCGUCUGAGCUGUCCGGUAACGGGCACGCCGGCGCCCAUGAUGGAGUGGCGCAAGGACGGCGCGCAGAUCCACGACUCCUGGCAGCGCUUCAGCAUCCACGCCAACACUCUCCGCGUGUCGCGCGUCACGGCCGACGACGCCGGCGUCUACGUCUGCGUCGCCGUCAACGGCUUCGGCACGAAGCGCGUCACCACGGAGCUCUUCGUCAUCGAUCCGAACGCCUCGGGGCACUUUGAUCAGCUGUCGGGAGGCCGCGACACGGCUGACAAUCUGGUGACGUCACGGGGUCGGCCUCCGGUCAUCCUGCUGCCCAAGCAAGGCAGCACCCUCCAGGGCCCGGUGGGAUCAAGGCUUCAGAUCAGCUGCGUCACCUCCGGCUACCCGGAGCCAGAGGUCAAGUGGUAUAAGAAGGGCCACGCAGUCCUGCCGUCGACGCGUGUUCAAGUCGGCGGCGGCCAGCUGGUGUUCACGCGCCUCGUCGAGUCGGACGCCGACGUCUACAUCUGCGUGGCCGCUAACGUCUUCGGCUCGGCCAAUCACAGCUUGACGCUGCGUACGACAGAGCCCGUGUCGCCAGACCCCGUGUUCCUCGGAGCACCGACCAACACCACUGUGUACGAGGGCGACACUGCCGUCAUGCAGUGUCGCGUGCAGAGUAUCUCCAAGGCGCACAUCAAGUGGGUGCGCAAGAUCGGGCCCAGCGCCGGACCGGCGCUCAACCAGACCCUGGUGGAAAUCCAGGGCGUGCGAUACGCAGUCAUCUCCGGCGCGCACACCGUCCAAGACGGCCACAGCUACUUCACCAAGCUGACGCUGCGCUCGGUCGUGCCCAGCCAGGAGGGCGUCUACGUCUGCAUGGCCGCCAACGACAACGGCUUCGCCGGCCGGGAGGCGUUCCUGCACGUGGCGCCCGCGCCGCCGGACUCAAUGCAGGCGUUGCUGAUCGCGCUGCCGGCCGUCGCCGUCGUCGGCUUCGUGCUGGGCGCCAUCUGCUGCCUGCACCGGCGCCGCAAGACGCUACCGCCGCCUAGCGACAACAAACACAAACAGUACGCGCCGAGCCUGCCGCCGGGCGGCGCGCGGCCCAACUACGUGACGCAGCGAUACGCUGCCGACGGCGACCGCGCCGUGCGAACAGUGCUGAUGCCGCCGGGCCAGCUGUGUGUGGACGGCGGCAGUCUCUCGCGGACGCACGUGCCGCCGCCGGCGCCCUACGACUACCGCCAGUUCCGCCACCUGGACGUGGUGUGAUGGGCGCCAGCGGAUGGCGCGAGAUGUGAUCGGACGCUCGGCGAACCGUGCGAGACGCGGGAGACGGGACCGUGCGAAGUGACCUGGACGCUGCGACGAGCGCUGGACUCCCGCCGGCCACGCCCGAUGCUGUUUUGUACCCUUGACUCUGUGAGGACCCUUCGCGCCUACCGCCGCCGGGGCGGUGUUGUUUCGCGCCUGUGGCGCAGGUGCCCGCGGCCGCGCAGGCCUCGAUUGUCGCCGCGCCCUGCGCGUGAGCUUCGCAUCUAGUCAUGUGUGUAGCGGGCCACGAGCGGGCCCUUGUCUGUACUGCCAACCGUGUCAAGUGCGCUGCCAACCGUCGGCGAUGUGUUCGAUAUGUUACGUCGUCCCACGCACCUGCAGUUACAGCAACGAUUUUAUUUAUAUCAUUCCUCGGAGAGCACAGUAAUACAGAUCUAUAGCUGAUUUAGUGUUUCCUUGAAGCAUCAUUAUGCGGGAAAAGAACACCCGCGACUGAUUAACUGUAUCACAUCAUAGGGCACACACCAGCAACAGCAAUCACAGGGACUAGGAGUUCCCACCACGUCGGCCAUUUCCCACCCGUCGCCCCAGACAGCCGCUAGAGCAAGGGUCACACCAUUUCGGCAGCGGGCCGCAGCAGCCGAGCCUCGCCGGCAGUCACGCUGACUGCAGAGAGGCGGAUGGGCCCCGCGGCCCGCGCGCGGGGCCAGCCGCUGCCACCGCGCCCGGUGACCGGCAGUGUCCGGGGCGCGGCAAGGCACGGCGAGUUCGUCGAGAUUCGGCAGCGCCCCGAGGCGCGGCCGCCGCACGCCCUGGCGGACGGCCGACGAAGCAGAGUUGUGCGUCGGAUCACAUGAGGGCGCGCCGAUCGCGCGCCGGAAGCCACGGCGGGCAGGCGGGCGCGCGCGGUCCGCGCGGAACGCCUCUACUAAGCACACGAUCACGCACACGCACCCGUCCACGCACACGCAGGCACAACAGCCGAGUGGCGCGCGACGCCAGCGAGCCGGCGACGGCCCCCUCGACACAUCCACCCAUCCGCCGACCACACAUCUCCCAGCGAGCCACGCACGGGAUUCGGUCUCGCACGCCCGCUGACGACUCGGCCGCAACGCUUCCCCGCACAUCCCGGUGGACGGCAGCGCCCGGCCACCGCCGCGAUCCGUCAUCGCGGCAUCUCGGUCGGAUAGUCGCGGUCAAGCCGGUGAGGGGCCGGAGGGCGCCGCAUCGCCCGCACUCAAUUAAGACGACCUCUCGCGGCGCCGGAUAGAGUAGCGCCGGGCCGACACGGCCCAGCUUCGCGGCGCGACUGAUCGCUCCCGGUGCCCCUCUCCCGGCUCCGCCCUGGCGCAGCGUCCUAGUGUGCGGACGGCUCGGCCUGGCGACCGUCAACGGCGGCCGGGCGGGGCGGC